ACCACCAUGGAAGGCUCCGCAUUAGCGCUGGCGUACCGAGCUCCACUAAAUGUCAAAUCAAGCAGCAAUUUCACGCGCGUCUGACGUCAACGAGGGCGAAGGAAAAUAAACUUCGCGCACACUUCGGGAGAAACCAUUUUCGCCAACGCCGUUUUUUUCUCCUUCCGCGUAGAGAGGAGGAGAGCCCGCUGAUAUAGGCAUGCUCAGCUGAAGCGUCCUGCAGCCUCUGACGCUGGGCGCAGGCGAACUGCGACGGCCGCGCCAAACGAGCUCCAGUGAUGGCCUCUGCUGAGCAGCUGUGUCCCCGCCUGCUGCACCAGCACUGCCCAUAGGCCACACACACACACACACACACACACUUACACACGCCUUUGGGCUCCCUUUCCAACUCCGUCCACACACACACACACACACACCACACACACACACACACACACACACACACACAUCAUGUACAGUGUGGAGGACCUGCUGAUCUCUCAUGGAUACAAACUGCCCAGGAGCGGCCCUGCCUCCUCCUCUUCCUCUGCGCCUUAUGACAAUCGAAACAACGAAUGUCGCCGUGAUAAUGUAGAGAACCGGCCUGCUGGAGGUGGUGGUGGUGGUGGAACUCUGAAUGGAUUUGGGACAACAGAGGGGGGAGCAGAAGCAGGCACAGGGGUGUUUAGGCCGGCGCCAGUAAAGGCUUACCCAGAGAACAACAACAACAUUAAUGAGGGCCAUGAAAGAAUUCAACGGAGACUGGAGGUUCCUGUUGCUUUCCUUGGUGACCUGCAACCUCUGGGCGACUCUCUAGCUACAGACAGUGGGUUCUAUGAUGCUCCCAGCCUGACGUUCUCUGAACAUGCAGAUGAGAGAGAUAUUGCAUUCUGGAGAAGGAGGGGACAAGACUUCAGUGCUCUAUUGGACUAUGCUGAUCCCAGGGAACUCAGAGUGUCUGGAGGAUUGUGGCGAGGUCCAGUAGUAGCUGUUGAGGAGCUGAGGGCUGAGAGGCCACUGGCACGCUGGGAGGAAGGCCCAUGGAUAAGGGAACCUAUAGACUCAGGCCCAGAGACGUUACGUGUGACUGGAGAGAGAAAAUGCCAGAGCCUGGGAACAGAGGAGUGGCGCCCUGCGGUGGGCUUGGGCCGGCAGCUGUCAGAUGGGGAGGCUGAACAUUGGUCUCAGGAGCAGCAACAUCGUCUGCGACCAGCAGAUGGAAGUGUGUCUGCCACAGUGCGAGCCAAGUCCCAGUCUCUCCCUCGAGUCCUUUCCCCAGAAGAUCCCCACUAUGGAGAACUGCCUCAAACCGGUGCCCCAAAUCACCCCCCUACACAAAGAAGCAGCAGCUCUGCUCCAUAUGGUCGAUACCACAGUGAAUGGCCAGCAGGGGAAAGGUGGAGUGGUCAGACACAAAGUCAUGCUCCUUCUGCAGUUGUACCAAAGCCACGGUUCAGCCGCCCUGUCAAGCCCCCGUCUUAUGAGACUCACCAGCAAAACAGGGGGAGCUGGGAAACGUUGUCCUCUGAACCCGUGUCCAAACCCAGAGACCGCUCAGUGUGCUUCUCUCAGAGUUUUGAACCACUCAGAGACCGUUCUGGUUGUUAUUCUCAGAGUGCAGAGCCUCUAAGAGAUAGGUCCAUUUGCUUUUCACAGAGUGCAGAACCGAUUCGAGACCGCAUUUUGAGCCACUCUCAAAGUGCUGAACCACUAAGAGACAGAUUUGUCAGUCAUUCACAGAGUGCGGAACUACUGCGUGAUCGUUUUUUCAGCCACUCGCAUAGUGCCGACCUAUUACGGGACCGAUCCCUUUGUUACUCUCAGAGCUCAGAACUGCUCCGAGACCGGUCCAUUUGUUACUCCCAAAGUGCAGAGCUCCUGAGACCAGAAUCAUAUAGGACAGAUCUAUUUUACCAUGAACUGACUGGUAUGGAGCCCCCUGGUUACAUCCCACCCCCCUCCUACAGGAGAUUCCUGCCACCCAGGAGUGGACAGAACUACCGAGCAGAUUCUGCUCUUGUUCGAUGGAAACGUGAGCCUGUGAGUGCAGAGAUGGGCCAGUGGUUUUCCAGGACUUCAGGACUGUCAUGGUCCGAACGUCGUGAAGACAGGAGCAUGGCAGUGGUUCCACGAAGGCCUGUGCAUCCAGGGCCUGUCAUACCUAGCCGUCCAGGACUUGUGCAGUAUGUCCCAUUUGAAGACCCACGUAUCAGGCACGUCUCAGGGGGGCCCUGUGGAAACUCGCUCACAGACGCGGACAAGAUCCGACAUGUCAACAAAGAGCUUCCCUGCGCUGCAACUAUAGGACAAUCCACACAUGAUAGUGCCUUUAUCCCUUCACAGGGACCGAGUCUCAGCACGGACAGUAACAAACCGGCUCUCACUGAACAGGAGAAUACUAACCGCUGGCACAAGGGGAUGAAUAAAGGCAGUGAAACCGUAGCACCUGACCAGAGCUGUGCCAAGUACCCACCAGCCUUUCAGCUCAGACCCCUGCAACCAAUAAUUAAAACAGACAGGAAUACAGAUCAACAGACAACAGUCAAGGUUGAGAGAGUAACAGAGCCGGUCAAAGUUGAGAGAGGUUCUGAACAGACAAAAACAGACCAAGUCAAAGCAGCAGAGCAAGUGAAACCAGAUAGAGUUACAGACCUAAUAAAAUUGGAUAAGCCUACAGAACAAGUAAAACCAGACAGGUUUACAGACAAACAAGUAAAGGUGGAAAGAUUAACUGACCAGAUACAAGUAGACAGAAUCCCUGAUCAAGUCAAAGCCGACAGGUAUACAGACAAACAAAUUAAGUCUGAAAUCAAGGCAGAGAAAAUCCCAGAAAAGUCCAUAAAAGCAGAUAGAAUUUCAGACAAGCAAAGUAAAGCUGAACGUCUGUUAGAGAAGCAUUUGAAGAUUGAUAGAAUUUUAGAAAAACAGCUUAAAGCUGAUAAAAUGCUGGAAAGACAGAGUAAAUCUGAAAAAUUUACUGACAAGUUGAUUAAGGGUGAUAAGCAGGCAAAAGGAGAUAGCAGUACAGACCAGAUAAAAUCUGAGAAGAUCACAGAAAAGUCUGGAAAGGCAGACAAAUCCAUGGAUAAAGGUUCUUCAGAGAGUGUUUCAACUGUAAAGACAGAACCAGUCCAGGAACCUGAGAAAAAGAGUGUGAAAAAGAAACUCAGUGAGACUAUCUUCUGUCUUGUGUCUGUGCCACUUUCACAGUCCAGUGCAAAAUCUCGAGAUCAAAACAACAACGAAGAGAAAGAACCAGACUCUCCUCCGAUUCCUCCUCCUCCUCCACCAAGUUCAUCCAGCGAAAACAGCAACACCCUCGGCUCUCUGCCAAACCAAAGCCUCAAAAGCACAUCUACCACCUCCACUGACUUAGAGCUACAAGCACUCACACUUGGCAGCGGGUCCAGUAGCAUCGCCACAAGGAGAGCGCAUCGGAGAAGAAACUCACGCUCUAGGAUCAUUAAGCCAAAUCCACAUGAUGAGCUCCGACGGUAUUCUGGGGCUUGGCCAGGGGACCAGUAUCGUGAUCAGGAGACCCAGACUAGCCCUGAGCCUACAAAGAGCAAUGCAAAUCCAGGCCCCACCAAUACAGAAGCACAAGAUGCUCCUGCUGCCCCAGAGGUAACAGCUCCUGCUGAGACUACUUCGGUGGCUCCAGGGGCUGCCUCAGGGGCCAUUGGGGCUUCGUCAGCUCCACCGGUUCCAUCGGUUCCAUCAGUUCCACCGACUCCAGCAGCUCCAACAGCUUCAGGAGCUCCUGACCCCAGCACCCCUUACGGGUAUCCCAUGAAAGGCCAGAAAAGCCUAAAACCCUCCAGCAACAGUGCUUUUUCACGGACAGGUACCUUCUCCAAGAGCACAGGUUCUCACAGACCUCCAUUACAUCCCCCGCCACACCCUCCGCCCCCACCUCCGAACCAACCUCCAUCUCAACCUCCUCCUCCUCCACCAACACAGCCCCCGGCUCAGUCCCCACCAUCAGAUCUGACUGAGGAGGCAAAGUCAGCCACAGGGCCAAACUCUGAGGGAUUUGGCCAGUUCUUGUUGAAGCCAGUAAGCCGACGACCAUGGGAUGCUAUUGAGGAUCUUGAGACCAUCAAUAAGGAGGUGCAAGACCAAGCAGGUAAACGCCCCAGCGUGGACCAGUGCAUUGAGGAUCUUAAUGAGGCCUACAAAGAUAUCCUGGAGCUCAGCACUGCCAGCAAUAACCUUCCCAACCGCACCUCCAUGCAAAUCCCUGACCGCAUCAAAUCCAGGUUAUCUUCAGAUCCACUUGGAAUUCCUGCAACCGCUCUUCGGCCUAGUUUGGUGCCUGGAAGUGACCCAGAAUACCGGGAGGUCAAGAGUGCCUUUUCCCGACCAUCAACUGGGAAGAGUGUGAGCUUCAGCAAACAACUGAGAGAGGAGAUCUGUCCUGCUCCUCCCCCACCAGAACCAGGUUUCAGAGAUUACAAAACAGUUAUGUCCCAGAUAACCCAACGCAAAGCCUGCAGAUCAGUGAAGCUGGAUAUUCCAGCCCCCAAAGAGACCCAAAGAGAUGACGAUUUGACUGCACAAACCUCCUCCACUUCUUCCAUGGCAGCCGAGGUGCCAUGGGCAGACAGACAGCCCAUGCAAGAUGCCUCCACUCUAACCAGCCCCCCAGACUAUGAGCACAUCUGUCAAACUCUCCAAAUGGCCCGUGAAUCUGGGGCCGUCAGCCGAGCUUCUAUAAAAUCCAAACCAGGAAGUGCCAUGAGCAUUGAAACCCCACAGCAUGUGCCCAUACCUGGUAGGCCUCCUGUAGAUUCUGAGCAGCCAUGUUGUUCUUCAGCAUUAGAAGGUAGACAGGAACCAAUGCCAUUAUUCAGGGAGGAUAGGAGCUCAGGCUUUAGGAGGGUAACAAGCCACACCAACAGGUUCCUUAGUAACAGGGGUGUGCUCUGUAGCCUUGCAACCGGAAAGCCUGUUGGUGACAAAGCAGGUUUAGAGGCUAACCCAGAAGUUCCUGCUGACUGGCAGAUGCAGCUUUCAUUAGCUGAAAAGCAUAUUGCUACUCUGAUCACAGGAGAGGGUUCAGCAGAGAUCCCUGAUGAGUCAAACAAGGUUAAAGGUGACGAAGACAUUUCUGGCUGCGAGACAGUUGAGAAUGAAGUGAGCAACAUUUUAGCAGUUGAAAUGAAAGACGAUUCUGCCAAUGCUGAGCAGAAACCUUCUGAAAUAAAAGAGACCAAAACAGAGCAAACAGAGACACCUGAAAGCCAACAACCUGAAGUCACAGAGAAAGUAAGAGAAGAGGAAACUUCUAGGGAAAAGAUGACAGAGCAAGAAAAAUGUGAGCAGAAAGACCCUGUUACUGAAGGAACAGAGAACAUUAAUGAUGUAAGCUCAGAGGAAAAGUGUGAACCAAAUGUGAUCUUGAGGGCAAAUAAGGCUGCAAUGUGGACUAAUUCUGGUUUAGAUUCAGAGCUACGUCCUGAAUUUCCACCAGAUCACCUUCCCCUUUCUGUACUUCCUUACACUAAUCGUAGAUUAUCUUUAGGGUUGGAUUGGGAAAGGGGUGGGUGGGAAGGGGAAAGUUUGGGUCAAGGUGGAUUCUGGUCCAGAGAGAGGCGGUCCCUUGAUGCUGAGAGAUGGGGUAUUGGAGGAGAAAGUUGGGGUUUAGACAACGAUAGAACAGAAGGCGGUGGUGAAAAACGAGGUCUGGGUGGUUGGCGUGGGUGUGGGAUUGAUGGGCAAGGCACAGAUGAUUCUGACUGGGAAUUAGAUAAAAAUACCCAAGACACUGGCAACAAAGAGGCAGAUUCAGACACAAAACAGAAAACACUCAAGCCUGAGCAGGACCUUGGUGAAGACCAUAGCAGCCCAGUCUCUAACACUGAUAAAGUGGAAAAAGAUGAAACACAAGCUGUUGUUAGCCAAGGCGUUGAUAAGGGUCGGAGUCAAGGUUCAGGUGAAUGUCAGGUUUCAAGUGUAGAUAGACGGAGCCGUGGACUUUCCCAAAGAAUAGAGGCUCUUUUUACAGCCCCGCCCGGGCAUGGCUCAGAGGAGAGACUUGCCCGCAUGAGGGAGGUGGACACUGUCUCACGAAUGAGGCGCCUUAGCCUCCGUAGCUCAGACUCUUGGGAUGGACUGCACGGGGUGGGAAGGUGGGGAGAAUAUGGAUGGGAGGAGGAAUCCCCCCUUCCUGCCCAACGGGAUUCUUCAAACAUCACAAAGGUAGACGAUAAAGAGGCAAGCGCCCACCCUGCAGCCACCAGUGAACCUAAAGAAACAAACGGUGACCAGGCAACCCUAAAAGAGUCACAGGAGCCCAGCCAGGUGGAGAGGUCGUAGCUGAACCCUAGAGGUCAGAGGUCAUCCAACUAAGGGCCAGCCUCCAGCACUGUGACCUGGCUGUCUGCUAAAUGCCUUCAUCCUCAUAUGCUAUCGAACAUCCUCAGACAUUGACACACACACACAUAUAUACAAAACAUUAGACACAGACACACUGAGCGAUGCACCUCUGUCUAAAACAUACUGCGUCUGUGCAUAAACACACACUCACACACUGAUACACAAACAGAGUCAUUGUCAUGUAUGCAGACACUCACGUGCAUUCAGAACACAUUUAAACACCUCACCACACUGAGACAUCUGAAAUGGCCUUCUACUCCGACAAGAGCAUUGUGUAUCAACUCCACUCCACGCCCACUCAGUUCCAGCUCUGCUGGCUUUCUAAGUGUUGCUGUUCCACUGCCAGAAGGAGGUUCCCAACAAUGCCCCACCCGCUUCAUAUGUUACAGUUCUCACCAUGCCCCAUUUUUCUUAAUUUCUUAAUUUCCCUGUCAUAGUUCUUUGCCCUGCAAUUUCCUUAGAAGUUGGUUUAUUAGACUUUAUCCGGUACGUUACUCAGCAAAACAUUUUAAAUGUUGUUGUGUGACCAAGAAACAAACAAAAAAAAAACUUUAACUGUCUUUUGUAAAAAAAAAAAAUUAAUUGACUGUUUAAAAAGUAAUAUAGAACAAUCGAUGAAGUUUAAAACCAGCUGUGAUCUCUGUCCUACCCUUUGCAAACAAUCAUCCUCACAACUAUGUCUUUUCUCAGAUCAUUUUCUUCCUGACAUCUUUGCAUGUUCCUUCCCAUAACUCAGUCUUUUUACUAACCCUACAUUACACUAACCUUGUGUGCAUCUCAUUAAUUUCUCCUUCGUCUAGACAGUGUUAUCUCUGCGCACCAAUGUUUUGCUAAUAACUGGCAAUAUAGCUAUUUGUGCAAGUCUUCAUCACUCUUACAAUAUCAUCCCACUGGUAUUAAGACGUCUCUAUAUUCAAGGUCUUGUGCUACACUUCUUAAUUAGUAUGACCACAAUUGAUUUACACGUUAACCUCUUUUUACCAACUCACUGAUAUCAUCCCACACCAGCAUACACUUUUAAAAAUAAGGGUUCUUUAUUGAUAUCAAUGGUUCCAUGAAGAACCUUUACAUGCCUUUAUAGCGAAAAAACUUUCUUUAUAUUCUAUACACUAAGAAAAAAAUGUUUUUUUAAAGGGGUCAUGACCUGCGUUUUAUUUUGUACUGUUUACUGAGGUCUGUUAAUAACGUAAUCAAGAUUUAAUCAAAAAACAUAAUUUAGAAGUCAUAGGCUAUUUUCUGUCCUGUUUUUAACCCUCCUCAUCGAAACGCUCCUUUGAAUUGGCAUGGGGAUUGCAGACUCAGAAAGUAAACAAUGAUAUUAACAAACAAAACAAUAGUGACCAUGUAACAAAAAAGUUAAUCGCACUCGUGUUGCUACAUUACUGUUGCAUCCAGUAUAGUCAUCAUAGCAUCGUCUUUCAGUUUUAAUCUUUAUGAAAAUCCCAAAUCAAAUUGUGCCUUGUUUAUAAACAAAUUGUGAUAAGUUCUUACUGACGCGGUCUGGAUCAUCAUUAUAAAUAAAGUUUUGUCUCUCUUGUAAACACUAUAUGCUCAAGUCAGUGGGCGAGGCUAAAAAAGGCAUCGAUGUAGAAGCAGGUGUUGAUCUUCUUCUGUGAAGGUGGUGUUAAGCCACACUAUUACAUCAAAGAGUUGUACAUUCCACAAAUUGUCUUUUUGGCAGACUGGGUUCAAUAUAAGCUCUUUUUAGACCAACAAGAAAGUUUUGAGUUCAGGAUGUUUUUUUAUAGUACAAUGACCUCUUAAUAUCAAUAGAUCUUGAUUUUGAUUUCUCAGUUCAUGACUCCUCUAAGAACUGAUUACAGAGAGGUUCUUUGGAGAACCAACAUUUUUUUUUUACGGCAUCGUUACGCAACCCUCAUUUCCGAACCUAUAUUUUUAAGAGUGUAUAUUUGUGUCCUGGCAUUCUUGCUGAAACGCACUGCUUUAAUUCCGCACUUUAAGCUAACUGCAUCAUAAUACCAUGUCCUAACCAGCUGUGUUUACAGUUACAUUUGAAGUUGAUAAUUCUUCAUAUUUCACCCCAAAAUUAACCAAAAAAAGAUACUUUGCCAUUAAACAUUAUGCAGAUUUUUCUCAGUUACCCAAUGUAGAUAUAUACAAUUAUAUAUGAUAUUAAUAAAGGAUGGUGUUUGUUGCACUGCCUUUGAAUUUAAAUGUACAUUUUAAUUCACUUUACAGGCUUCAUUUUCUUUAUGCAAUAUGUAUAGAGAGGUAAUCCCUUUAUUUCUUGUCUAUCUUACCUGGUUGGAACACGGUAUAAUAACUCUUUCCAUGUUCAAGCAGCACCAUGCACGACCCAUCAGAGUCACCCCUAAAACCUCCCAAAUCCAUCAGUCCAUCAAGAAAUCAGUCCAAGGGGGCAGCCUCUACCCCAUCCUCCCUAAUGAGUCUCGGUCCCGCCAGCCUUUCCUCCGUUGACAUCAUGGAACUCUCUUGUCGUUUGUUGGAACAUGUGGUCCGCUUGUGGAGUGCUUUCAAGGGGUGCGUCCACCCCUCUGUCCAACGUGGUUCUGUUUGAGCAGACAUGAAUGUUUUGUAAACGCUUUUUAUAUUGUUUUUUGACUUUACCAAAACCAGUGUGGCAGUUUUACGAGAACUGUUCUAGUUAUUCUUUUUUUGUUCAUGUUUAUGUGUCACCUGAGCUGUUCUGCUCCAAAUCAGGAGUUCCACGCGAGGUGGUAGAAGACGCUCAAUGGCUCUGAACUGUUUUCAUUUUCCGACGAAUCGAUCAAAGAAACCGUAUCGCUCUUGGUUCGAACCCAUAGUGCCCUAUUUACCAGAACUUUUCAGCACACUGUAACGUACGUCCCUGAGCGUGGUGAGCUUUGUACAGUAUCGAUUAAAACCAGUGGUGUAAUGCAGGUCAAACGGAGACCUGGGUUGGAUGAGCGUUUCAGUAUUUGAUGUAUCAACUUAAAAAGCACCUUGUUAACAUAUUUUUAUCGUGAUUGGAUUCAAAGAGAAUUUUUAGCUAUCGAGUGGCCUUUUUGAAACACACCAGUAACGAUAAGCCUAAGGAGUUACUUUGAAACACCACCAAAAUGUUUGAUAUCUCAAGUGUCGAAAUGUGCAUCAUGUUUUGAAUGUUUGUCUGAUAUAUCAAAUACCUUAAAUGAUGUUGUGUGACCCAGGUUUCACGCAGGUGCGACUUUGAAUUAGGGAACUAUUUUCAGGCGAUGUAGACUUAAAAAAAAAAAAAAACAGGGUCCAAAUGCGAACACAAAGACGCACGUUAGCUACUACUGUAAUGUUGCGUGUCUAUACCCUAAACCUAAACCCCAGGUAACUUCGGGAAGCAAUAAAUGCUCACGAGCGUUUCGAUGAACAAGCUAAAUGUGUACAGAUAAUUUUAACGGUUAAACGUAGAUGGUUGCAAAGUAGAGGACAGCUCUAGAUAUGUAAUGAUUUGGAUUAGGUUAGGUGAAAGAUAUUCUAUGGUAAUGUGUGAUAUGUAUGGAACAAUUUUAGGAAAAAUGAAACUUCUAAGAUACCAUAUGCUAUGAAAUGGAGAGAUAUGAUACUUUCUGACGUCAUAAUGCAUGAAAGCUUGAGCAAUAUUGUCCAACACAGAAGCUCAUUGGCUGUAGAAAAUCUGGGAAGCGGGAUGUACUUGUGUUAAAGAGUCAUCUAUCCAAAUGCCACUCACAGAAAAGCGUUUAAAUUUGCGUGCAGGCGUGUGAAUGAGCGUGUGCGCGCGUGCAUGUGUGUGUUCGCUUGCUUUUUCCCCGUCAUAGUGCCAUCCAUGUUAUUUAAAAAAAAAGAAAAAAAAGGCAUUUCACUGAAUACUUAUUUUUGUUAUCAUUGAAAUUGUUAACCAGUCUGCAUAAUGUAUAAAAUAAAAAGUAUAUUUUAAAUAUUUUAAAAGAUAUUUUGUAUUUAACCAUAAUGAUUAAUUUCUUCGCUCUUGGAUCAAGUGGGCAGUGUUAUGUUGCUGUAUAGAAUGAUAAGAAAAUUCUAUAAUUUUCUAGUGCUUAAAGAAAACGAAAAAUCGCGAAAAAAAAAAAAAAAAUUUUGGGCAAAUUCAAGUGAAAGACCUGCAGCAUGCCCCGAAGUUUUGGGGCUCUCAUUGUAAACGUUAGACAUGAAUUACAGCUGCAGUUAAGCGAAAAAGGCCCACGGUUGAUAUCUGACGCUUUGUAUAGUUGUAAUGUUCAUUCAAUUUACAUAAACAUCAGAUAACAAAUUUAGUGGAUCAUUCACAGCUGCCUAGAAACUUGUUACAGCAAAGUGCGUACGACGAGAAAAUUGCAACAUUAAAAGUGACUUUGUUUGAUCUUGAUUCCGUUCAAAGCUAAUUGUGGCCUUAUUUUAUUUGAGCAUUUGUACGUCUUCCAUUCAGAAUCAUGUACUGUUAUCAUCAUGAGCUCGUACCAACGGUUUUCUAUGAAGAAACGAAAAAGAAAUCAAUAAGUAAACAGUCUUUAGAUCACACGCAGCCAAAUAUUUCUUUCUUUCUUUGCAAGUAUGAUAAGCUAACGUUUGGAUCGAAAGUAAGAUGUGUAGCACACUGACAGGAUCUGUUCCCUAUUUCACUGAAAAAAGGCCAUAACUGUUAUAUGAUUUCAAGCUGUUUUCAUGAACUAUGUAGCAUUUUUGCCAUUGUAGCAUUCAGAGUAAGUUCAAUGUGAAAAAGCCACUGAAUCGUACUGUUUUAUUUUCGUUUGUAACGGGAGUCGUAAUGAUAACACUGUCUGUAUUUGAAAACACAAGCUGUUGCAUUUUCAUGCCAAGAGUGUCAUCGGUUACAUUUUUAAUGCUUAUUUUGUAUCAUUGGACAUUUCUGGAUAUCAUGGUUUGCAUUUGCAUACAUAAUUUUUUGUUCCAUGUUUGUAAAUGUUUUAGGCAUUUGAAAUGUAAAUAUGUGACAUAAGGAUAAAAAAAAUCAAAUUUAAUAAACAUUUUCUACAAUUUAA